AUGCUAGACAGGUGUGCCAAGGAACGUGUUCUUAAGUAACUAUAUUUCGGACUUGCAGGGGUAUUCAUUAAGUUAUGUGCGUAAAGCCGUUAAAAAGAAGUAUUGAAAGGACAACAAUUAUACUUUGCAAAUUGACCCACCCCCACACCCUUUAUAAGGUUCUAAUACCUUUUUUUUUAUCUUUAGUUUUGUAUGAAUUACCAUCAGCUGGUCUAUUUCCAUUGUCCUCCAAGUGUUUGUAAAAUUGCCUUAGAAGGAAAUAGGCAAAAGGGCUUUUAAGAAGUAAAAGAAGAAAGUUACGUGGAAAAUAGGACUUGUUGUGUUGUAUAUGGUUGUGGUAAUGGGAGAUAUGAGCAUCAACUUGGUGCUUCAUCAUGGGACAAUGUUGCCUCAUGAACAUGUAACUUCACUAGUAAAACCUGUGAGGCAAUGUGCAAGCUUUCAUUUGGUUUCUGCAACUUGUGCUGUUACCAGUACUAGCAGUAAAGCUCAAAGAUGGAAACGCCUUGUCAAAAGUUGUUCUGUCAGGGAAAUUGUUACUGCUAGUGAUGAAAACUAUGGGAACAAGCAGGUUGUUAGUCUCACGCCUCGCUUGUAUGACUAUGUCCUCCAAAAUGUUCGGGAACCAGAGAUUCUAAGGCAACUGCGACUAGAGACGGCGUCUAUGCGUGGAAGCCAGAUGCAGGUGUCUCCCGACCAAGGACAACUACUUGCAAUGCUUGUGCAGAUUCUUGGAGCAGAACGGUGUAUUGAAGUCGGCGUUUACACUGGUUACUCAUCACUAGCCAUCGCAUUAGUCCUUCCAGAAUCAGGUCGCUUAGUUGCAUGUGAAAGAGAUGCAAAAUCUCUUGAUGUUGCCAAGAAGUAUUAUCACCUUGCUGGUGUUUCACAUAAGGUGGAUGUAAAACUUGGACUUGCAGAACAUUCCUUAGAAUCUCUAAUUAUGAAUGGUGAAGCAGGAAGCUAUUAUGACUUUGCAUUUAUUGAUGCUGAGAAAAAAAUGACUGAGAAAUAUUUUGAGCUGCUACUACAACUGGUGAGGGUUGGAGGUCUUAUUGUAAUUGAUAAUGUCCUUUGGCAUGGAAAAGUUGCUGAUCCAUUGGUAAGUGACUCUAAAACAACCAGCAUUAGAAAUUUUAAUCAACGGUUAAUGGAAGACAAGCGUGUAAGCAUCAGUAUGGUGCCUAUUGGAGAUGGGAUGACAAUCUGUCGGAAAAGAUGACCCAUUUUUGAAGAGUUUUUUAGUUCUACGCGAUUGCGAUUGAACUCUUCGGGGUAAUUAUACUUCUGCGAGAUCAAAGGAAAGCAAAGUUAUAUAAAUUAUUACAUGUUCUUAACUUGAGGUUUAGCAGUCUAGUCUCUUAGGCUCGUCUUGGGAAGGACCUGAGAACUGCAUAAUGAAGAAUAGCAUUUUAGCAAUCAUAGGGAAUGUGGAACACUAGAUUUUUGUGAACUUCUCUGUUCAGUUUUUCUACACACUAAAGGUGGAAGAUCAAUUAGAAUAAUUAUUGAAAGCUUAGAGAAAUGAGAGAGAAUGCUUUCAUUGGAUGGAUGAGAUAACAUGUGUAGGAAGACUUUAUUGUAGGAUUAUUAGUUUGCUUAAGAGCCUAGUCUAGGGAACACAUUGAGAUGUGUAAAUGUACUUUUAGUAAAAAGUUUGGUACCUUUAAGAAAGAUUAUGGUUGAAGAUGGUAGUUAUGCUGGCAGCAUUAUGCUAACAUCGGAUUUGGCUAAAUUAAGAAUCCCGCUACACCUCUUAAUGAUCCAAUAACUUUGAUAUUACUUUUGUGAAACAACAAGCCAAUAUGGUCUCUCAUCUUUUAUCACGAGCGUCUAUAUUUUUUCCUUGUUAA